CUCUCCCCCACGACUCCCCACCCACACCCCUCUGCGCUCCUGAUCCUCUUAUCCACUGAAGAAGAGGAUAAAGAUGGAUGUAGUCAACCAGUUGGUCGCUACUGGGCAGUUCACUGUCAUCAAACAGCCUUUAGGAUUCAUAAAGAUCCUACAAUGGUUUUUCGCCAUCUUUGCUUUCUCCACGUGUGGCUCUUACUCCGGAGUCUUCCGCAUGAGUGUGGAGUGUAAGAACCGCACGGAGAGUGACCUGGACAUUGACGUCGAGUUUGAAUACCCAUUCAGACUCCAUCAAGUGUGGUUCGAUGUGCCCACGUGUAAAGGCUCAGAACCGGAGCGGCUGUUCCUUGAAGGUGACUACUCUUCCUCGGCUGAAUUCUUCGUCACUGUCGGUGUUUUCUCCUUCCUCUACUCUAUGGCAGCUCUGUCCGUCUACCUGUUCCUCCUUGAGAAAUACCGUGAGGGACACCGUGGCGCACGGGCUGAUUUUGUGGUGACAGCUAUUUUUACCUUCUUUUGGUUGGUGAGCUCAUCAGCAUGGGCUAAAGGUCUCUCGGAUGUUAAGGAAGCCACCGACCCUGACGAGGUCAUCAAAUUUAUUCCGGCCUGUCGGCAUGAGGACAACCGCUGCAAAGAAGUGCAUGAGCCCAUUGUGUCUGGCCUAAACACAUCUGUGGCAUUUGGUUUCUGUAACCUGGUGUUAUGGGCAGGGAACCUGUGGUUUGUGUUUAAGGAGACUGGCUGGCUCGGCUCUUUGACUGGCACCUAUGUGCCCUCGGGAGCAAAACAGCCAGCACCAGAUUCCUAUGGCCAGCCUGGUUAUGGUCAGGACCCUUCCACUGGCCCUCAGGGUGGGUACCAACCCGACUACGGGCAACAAGGUGGCGGAUACGAGGGAGGAAACUACAACCAGGGAGGGUAUGAUCAGGGCGGUCCGACCUCCUUCUCUAAUGAAAUAUAAGUAAAUUCACACAGCAAAGCAGCUCUGCACAGAGCACAGGAGAGGGUGGUUGCAUAACCAAGGAUAAAGGAGUCUGCCUAUUACCCAUGAUCCCACACUCCUCUGUUACCCUGUAUGAACAAUGUGUGUACAGUAUGAGGGAGGGAGGGAGGGAGAGAGGGAGGGAUUAAGGGAGGAGGGGAGGGUACAUGUGGGAAUUUGGGACAGGGAUGUUCAUAAUGUCCAGUGGGGAAAAGUGCUUGUCUAGGAAGAACUAAACACACUUUCGUUUUCUCUCUUGUUUUAUUAUUCUCUGCAGGAGAUCUUUAGGGAAUGUCUAUUUUAUUAAAGUACAUUACAAAUAAAAAAAAUCUAUUAUAUCAUGUAAAUGGAUUUGACAUUGGUUUAAAUGGAUUGUGGAAAUGUUAAAGUAUCCCUGAACUUGCAAUUGACCAUUUGAAAAAAAAAAGAAAAAAAAAUUUCAAUAAUAAUAAGCUGUAUAUAUUUGUUUUAAUGCAGUAACCAGUAGGUGGCAUUGGAACAUCUCCACAGCAUGACCUCUCAAUAAAUAUAGAUAAUUAUGCAUGAUAAAAACAAUCCUGCAUUCUUUUGCCAUUUCAUGUCGCUAGCUAGCAAGCUAGUUAACUUCGACUAAACUAGCUUGCAUGUGUCAUCAGGAGACAUAAGUAGGAUUUCAGGCCCAACACAAGUUUAUUAAACUGCUAGCUUGCUUAGCAUGCUGCUACUCUGGUUACACUCUACCACCAGCCACUAAGCAUAUUUCAUCGAUCACCAAUUGAUCUCAAACAUAAUCCUCCAUGACUUUUACAGUAGUGUUCAGGGCUACUUUAAACAUCAGUGUAUUUUACAUGUGCUGUGUAAAUAUUUAUGAUAAUAUAUAUUUAAAUAGAUCUACAGUAUAUGGUGGAUAAAUGCUGCAAUGAAUGGUUAUAGAACGACAACAGAAGGAUUCAGUUGUGUCAGUGUGUGUUUCAAGACACAAUAGUACGUUUUUUUUUUUUUACAUUAAGCUGAACAUGGUUGUGUUCAAAAAGAGUGCUGCGUUCUGAUGAAUAUGUACGUUUCUUUCUUUUUUUAUUGUAUUUAUUUUUAAAAAUGUAUUAAUGUAGACCUGCAGGGAAAGGUGUGAAAAUUGUAGGCAGAAAUCAAUGUGUAUAUGAAUAAGAGCGAUAUUGGGGAAAACAGAAUACUGAAAUGAAUGAGACGUUCCACAGGAGGAAGAGAGAGAAACAAACCCGAGAUUUGAGCAUUUCCAAGAGUAAAAACUUGCACUUCUACAGACGCUUAAACAUUAUAUAAAGUAUAGUAUAUUUAUUGUUCAAGUCGUAUUUGAUAGAUAUGAUGAUGAACACCUGAUAGUGUUUGGGGUGCCAUGAUGGCACACAAACACACACACACACACACCAAAUAUCUGUCAAACCGUUGAGAAACUCUUUCAUAACGCUAACAAAACUGCCCUCAAUCUGUAUUCUACCACUAGAAAAAGGCAAUAAUCUUCCUAUGAUAUCUGAAACCUCAAGGUUUGUGUUAAUUUUGUUUAGGAUUUUCAGACAUUAAAAAAGCCCUUUUACAGUGGUUCCUUAAAUAAGCCCUUAUUUGUCUCACUUUAAGGUUUUAUGUGCAAAAAUAACGAGGCUGAUCCUAAAAACAGGCCAGAAAUCAUUGUGUAUUGAAUGCUAGGGAAAGAAAUUUGCAUGGUACUUAUUCCGGUGCUAUUAAGCAAUCUGUGGAACUGUUCACAAUGUGUAGUAUCCAGUGUAAAGACUACUUCUACGAUGCAUAUGUGAAAUUGAUCAGUCUGGCUUUUCCUCUAUGUUCCUUCCUCCCUCCUUUCUCUCUCUUACCCUGUGUUUCUUCUUCAUGGUUAAUAAAGUGUUGUCAGUAGUAACUA